AUGGCAAUGAGAAAUAAUGCUUAUAAUAGUGACGAUAUUGGUGAAUAUGAACAAUAUGAUGAUUUUUCUACGUCAAAAUAUGUCUAUACAGAAUUAAGAUCUCCGAUCAAUAGUCAAAGAUUUUCUAAUUUGAAACCGACUGAAGAACAAAUGCUAUCACAAAAGAUGGCGCAAUUAUCAACGAAUGCCACCGAUGAACAAGAAUUCAUAAUAAAAUCGAUUCAAAAUGCACUGAAGAAAAUUCCAAUUUAUUUAGCAAAACAAAAUGCAUCUUUUCAGCAAAUACUAAAUCAAGCAAUAUCCACGAUACAGAUAGAAGCAUUGAAUUCUCAUCGAGACGAACUACGAGAUAUUGCUAUUUUACUUUAUAAAAUCAUGCUACUUCAAAUAUAUCAUCGUUUAUGGACAACACAUUUAAAAUCUGGUAUGGGACAAUUAAUCAAUGAUUCAGAAAAACAAUUCAUCUAUCCGACCAAUUUACAAAUUUGGUCAAAAGAAAUCAAAUAUAUAAAUGAACUUGGCCAUCAAUUAAAACAAAAUCAAAUGGAAUGGAAUAGGAAAGCCAAUAAUUUCAACGGUUAUACAUUCAUCGUCGAGAAACUUAUGGAGAAAUAUAUUGAACAAAAUCUAUGUUCUUUACAUAUGGAAAUUGAACAUCAAAUAGAACUCGUUCUUUAUGAUUAUCAUAUACAGGCAUUAAAACAAGCAUAUGAUCGACAUCAUCCAAAUGAAUAUCAGAAAAAAUUAUUCAAACAGCUAUGCCACAGAAAAUAUGAACAAGAAAUAACAGAACAAGAACUAAAAUUUCUUCAACAACAAAUGAUUUAUUAUAAUUCGUCCAAGCAAUCAUUUGAAAACUCACCCAUAGCUCAAUCACCGUUAAUUAAUUCUAUUGAAAAUUCUGAGAUUCGACAAGAAUUACUCAAUCGCUAUAAAGCUAUUGCUGAACAAUCAAAAGCUCAAUUGUCAGCUUUCUAUUUGAAAACAGCUGAAGAACAACGAAAUGAAUUCAGAAAAAAGUAUCUUGAUGAAAUGAAGAAAAUGUGGUCUGAUCAUCGAACAUUGACUGACAAUGACAAAUUACCAAUGAAUAUGCUAUAUCUGAUAAAUGAACGGUGUAAGAAAAUUGGUGAACGUCUUCAAUUGAUAUAUAAAUUUAAAUCUCAACCUUUUGUUUGA